GUUUUUCAUUUGGCAUUAUUAUACCCUCUUUUUACUUCCUCCUGUCAUGAGCACAUUUUUUUAUCUCGCGUUUUUUACUCAAAUUAUUUAGAUCAUUUUUCUAUUCUUUUGAUCUGUCCUUGAUUUCCCUGCUUACUUUUUUCCUUCACUGUAUCCUAUCUUAACUAUCUAUUCAUAUCCCUAUUUUAUUCUUGCCUAACAGGCUGUUUUUAUUUUUAUCUAUCUUUUUUCUGUUUAUAUUAAAUAACAGUGGUGCUUCAUCAAAAUUGCUUCCCUAAUUAUGGCUUUGCUAAACGAGGAGACUACUGAAGAAGCUGUCUCAGAGAUCUGUGCUGAAGAAAAUUCGUCAAAGACGUCAAAUACCUCUUUCUUUGAAAACGCUCCUAAAAAAUUACAAAAGUCUGUUUCAAGCAAUAGUUUACUACUGCAUUCAAAUACUCAACUUAACUCCUCAAGUUUAAUCUUUUCUCAAAGUACACACUCAAAGUCCGCACAUUCACCAAAUUCAGCAGAAUCACCAAAUUCACCAACACUAUCUUCAGUUUCUUCAAUAUCGCCAAUCUCCUUAACGUCUUCAUACACUUCGUACUUUUCAGACUCUUCACAAAUGUCUUUUCCUUCGUUGAUCCAUAAUAUCCAAUUUCAAUCACUGAAAUCAAAUAAGUUAUUAUUUGAUAUUUACUCAGACCCUAAUUCUGAUAUUAUAUUCAAUAAACAUCCCCCAAUAGUCCAUGAAAAUUCCAAUGAAUCGUUAUCUGACUCAAAUAAGGAGAAUAUUAAUUUAGGUAAAAGAAAUAAAAUCACUAAAAAACUAAACAAAAAGACUUCAAAACGCCGAUUACCUUUAGCUGAUUUAAGUAUCAAAUUAUUUCCUGGUUUUAUAGAACUUUAUUAGACACUCAAUAAAGGUUCCACGUCUUAUGUUUAACCUCUGUUAAUUAUUUUUUAUAUUUGGUUUUGAUUAAGAAACCAAAGGAAAAAAAUACACAUUGUAAUCACUAUCCCUCUCUCGUUUGCUUUUUUAAUUUUCUUAUUUGUUUUGUUUGUUCUUUUUUUUGCUAUGUUAAUUUUUAGUUCAGUUUUCAGUUUUUACAAAGGAUUUUAAAGAAUAAAAUUAAUACUCCUACCUUGACCAAAAGAAUACCACUUAGUGCAAUUUUUUCAAAAAAUACUAAAUAUACCUGUUUACCAUAUUAUAUUAUAUCCAAAUGGACAAUUAAUCUUAUCAUUAUAGUACUUCAACAUUACAAUACUUUAAUAUAUAUCACUUUAUAGCUCUAAGUUCUUCAGUUGCUACACAAUAAAUAAUUUUCUUUAAGGUGUUUGCGAACGACAAAAAGUUCGGAUCCACAAAAAAAAU